GAGUGUAUAUAUUUCUACCUGGACUGAUCUUAACCACUCCUCCCGAAUAACAUGUCUGGGUACACAUCUUUUGUCGUCGUUGGGGCCGGUGGGCUCGGUACGCUUAUUGUCGAUGAGCUCCUCAAAUAUAAGAGCUCCUCAAACAUCAAGGACGUAAUUGUCUUCACUCGUUCUAACAAUUCCAAGCUAGCCAGCCUCGCCGCCAGGGGUGCCACCGUCAAGGAAGUUGACUAUAGCUCCCCCUCCUCCCUCAGCGCCGCUCUCACCAACGUCGAGGUCGUCAUCUCCACCGUCGGCCUGGGUGCCAUGGAUCUUCAGCUCCCCCUUGCUGAAGCAGCCAAAUCUGCAGGCGUGAAACUCUUCGUCCCAACGGAAUUCGGGGAUGCAACUGAUGAUCACGCCUCAAUCCCGGACCACGGGGCUCUCGCGCUCAAAGUCGCGACCCAGAAGAAGUGCAAAGAGCUGAGCCUUCCCUAUGCUUUGUUCUUUACGGGCCCGUGGUCAGACUUUUGCUUUAUACCGGCCCUGGGCCUCGAUAUCAAGAAUGGCAAGGCAAGUGUGGGCGGAGAUGGUAAUACUCCCAUCUCGUGGACAACCAGUCCUGACAUCGCUCGUUUCGUGGCGUACGUCCUCACGAGCCUCCCUGCUUCCAAGCUCGAGUGGCAGACCUUCCGCAUCGAAGGCGAACGUGCUUCCUUCAACCAAGUCUUUGAAACCUACCAGAAGAAGACCGGCAAGAAAAUCGAUGUCACCUACAAAUCCGAAAAAGAGCUGAAUGAAGCGGUAGCGAGCGAUGCGAGCGACUUUUCCAGUUAUAUCCAUUUGUCGUGGGCCCUUGGGCAGGGAUUGGUCGGGAAGCCGGAGCAGUUGUCGAACGGAUUGUGGCCGGAUUGGAAUCCCAAGAACGUUCUGGCGGCUAUUGCCCCCUGAAUUUACCAGUAUUAUAUUGGUACUAUGUAGUAGCUGAUCGCGACGUCUCAUGAAGUAUAAUGGAAGUCGAAUGAGAUUGGACAGCGACGUUA